AAACAGACGGAACUCUAUAACUGAUAUUCACGCAAUCAUUCACCUUCUCCCCUUGUCUCUCUAUCUCUCUCUCUCCCCAUUUUCCACACACACACACUAGAAUUCUCUAUUUAUUACUCCUAACAUCCAAAUCGGUUUUUGCUUCAUUUCUCUAAUUCUUUGGAUCUGUAGAAGAAGAAGGAGCAAAAAUCAAACAUGGUUGAGACCAGACGCAGCUCUUCGUCCUCCAAGCGUUCUCUCUCUUCUCCCUCCUCUCCUAUUUCUAACGGCAAGCGCUCCAAGGCGACGGAGGCAUUGUCAUCGUCGACUAAUGAUACGCUUGGGGAGAAAAUCCAGGGUGAGUUGAAUGAAUCAGGGCCUGAAUCUGCUGAACAAGAGGUUCGAUCAGCUGAUCUGGCCGCUGCUGCUGAUGUGCCACAAAAAUCGCUGGAAACUGAAGCGGCAAACGAGCCUUUGGUAUCACCCAUGACUUUAGGUGAUUCUGUGAUUGAUGUGGAGAAAUCUAAGGCAAAAGAGUCGGCAUUGAAUCGGGGAAAGAAGCGGCAGCUGAAAUCUAAUGUUGGUGCUGCUGCAUGGGGUAAACUUGUUUCACAGUGCUCUCAGAAUCCUCAUGUUGUCAUGCAUCGUGCAACUUAUACUGUAGGUCAAGGUCGUGGCAGUGACUUGUGGAUAGGAGAUUCUUCUGUUAGUAAAACUUUAUGUAAUCUCAAGCACACUGAGACAGAGAAAGGGGUAUCCAUCACUCUGCUUGAAGUUAUGGGGAAGAAAGGCGAUGUGCAAGUCAAUGGCAAGGUCUACCCUAAAAAUUCUACUGUCCCUCUCAAAGGAGGUGAUGAGAUUGUUUUUGGGUCAUCUGGUCAACAUUCUUACAUCUUUGAUGACAACUUAUCUGCUGCAAGUUUUGCUCGUCCUGUUAGCAUAUUGGAAGCUCAUAGUGGAUCAAUCAAAGGACUGCAUCUUGAGGCAAGGUCCAGGGAUCCCUCCACUGUAGCAGUUGCAUCGACCCUGGCAUCUUUGUCAAAUCUUUCAAAAGAGUUGUCCCUUCUCCCACCAUCAUCUCAAAAUGGUAAGGAUGUAAAACAAUGUUCAGAGUUGCCAAUACUACCCGCUGCCAGUGGAGUGGCAGAGAAAGAUGAUUUAGAUACUGAUAUGAAGGAUGCUUCUGAUUGUAAUGAUGUACCUCGUGUUUUGGUGGACGAGAAGAAUGAUGUGAUAUCUCCUGAUGUUGGAAAUGAUAACUUGAAUCUUGAUAACACUGCACUAGAUUCAGUUGAUGCAGAGAUUGGGAAGGUGCGACCUCUCCUGGGAGUACAUGCUGGAUCUUCUGCUUCUGAGUUUGAUUUAAGUGGUCGCAUUUCCAAAAUUCUCGAGGAGCAAAGGGAUUUCCGAGAGCUAUUCAAGGAUUUUGAUCCUCCAAUUUCGGCUUUAACUAGGCGCCAAGCAUUUAAGAAUGCCUUACAGCAAGGAGUACUUGAUUUCAACAAUAUUGAGGUCUCAUUUGAAAAUUUUCCAUAUUAUUUAAGUGAGAACACCAAGAAUAUUCUCAUUGCUUCCACUUAUAUACACUUGAAGUGUAACAAGUUUGCAAAAUAUACUUCAGAUCUCCCCACAGUGUGCCCUAGGAUUUUGCUAUCAGGUCCAGCAGGUUCAGAAAUUUAUCAGGAGACAUUGGCCAAAGCACUUGCUAAACGCUUUGGUGCUAAGCUACUGAUAGUUGAUUCUCUCUUGCUGCCUGGUGGUUCAAUUGCCAAAGAUGUCGACCCUGUGAAAGAAAGUUCAAAGCCAGGGAGAGCUAGUGUAUUUGCUAAACGUGCUGCACAAGCAGCGGCACUGCAUCUUAAUAAGAAGCCAGCUUCAAGUGUUGAGGCCGAUAUAACUGGUGGUUCAACGAUUAGUUCUCAUGCUCAGCCCAAGCAGGAGACAUCUACUGCCUCGUCAAAAAAUUACACUUUCAAAAAAGGUGACAGAGUGAAGUAUGUUGGAUCUUCAUCAGGCUUUUCUCCGCUGCAAACACCUUUAAG